CCGCCGCGGCUGUUUGCACUUGCCACUCGAUGUACUUGUACGCUGCCACGCGCACCAUGUCGGACGACGGGCACCACGUAUGCCAGCGAUGCAGCCAGCCCCUCCAACUCGCCCCCCUCUCCCCCGCCCACUACAGCCUCAUCUCCUCCUCCCUCCCCGACUCCCCCGCAUCCUCCAUCGACGACUGGCCCCCCUUUGAGAAACUCGCAGCGCUGCCUCCGUCAUCCAGGCAGUCGGCAAAGGUAUGGGCAGACGCUAAUCUGUCUACGCCCGGGGCCGGGUCCAGUAGGCAUGGCGGGCGGAGCGUCGCGGAGAGCUUUAUCCUCUUAUCCGACUCGGCCCUAUAUCCCAAGCCUUCUCCAAGUCCGUCUAUCCAGAACCCACCGCACGCAUCGCAUCUGUCUGCACAGCUGCACUCCAUUCUCUCUGGUAAUACGCCGAUAGCCCACCCGCUGUGCACAGAGUGUACCGCCUCUCUGACCGCCGAGUUUCAGAAGAAGGCGGAAGAGCUGGGCAAAGAGCGGGACGCCUAUAUAGGCUUUGAACAGGGGAUAUUGCGGAACCGUGAAAAGCUAAAGAGCAAGGCGCCGAGCAAGGGUAGACACGGUCUGGGCGGGCACGACGUCGAAGGCACAGAUGCAGAAUGGGCCGCCCUCACCCGGCGCAAGAAGGAGCUGCAAGACGAGGAGAAACAGCUAAAGGCAAUUCUCAAAAGCAAGGAGAAGGAGCUCGAUGUUGCCGAACACGAAGAAGAGCUGGCCAAGGCAGAAGAAGAACAAGUCGAGAGGGAAGAGAACGACUUUCUCCUCUCCCACUCUGCCCUCUCGAACCAUCUCUCUCAUCUCACCUCAUCCCUCAAUACCGCCCAAACAUCCCUCCUCCUCUCUCGUACCCUCCUAGCGCACCUGGAGUCGACCAACGUCUACAACGACGCGUUCCAGAUAGGCCAUGUGCCUCUAUCACCGUCUUCGUCGUCGAAUGUGACGGUGGGGACCAUCAAUGGGCUUCGUCUAGGCGGCAGGCCGGUGGUAGAGUGGGAAGAGAUCAAUGCGGCUUGGGGUCUCGUUGCUCUGUGCUUGCAUAGGAUCGCCGACAAGGUCGAGUGUGUUUUUGAUACAUACAAAGUAGUGCCACUCGGAUCAUACUCUCGUAUAGAAGAACUGCCCCCUUCCAAAUCUUCCUAUGAGCUCUAUGCGUCCUCCGACAUUACUCCCGCCCGUAUUCUCCAGAACCGCCGAUUCAACCACGCCAUGAUGGCUUUCCUGGACUGUCUCAGGCAGUUGAUAGAGUUCGGCAAGAAGCAGAACAAGGCCUGGGCGAUGGGUAAUAUCGAGUACGUCCGAAACUCCACUCGUGAUCCCAAACUGACGGGAAGCAGGAUCCACAAGGACAAGAUAUCCAACCACUCUAUCCGCCUACCUGGAAUAUCAUCCAUGCCCCUCGGCCUUCCGUCCAUGUCCAUCAUGGGCCUUGGAGUAGGCGAUGCGUCUGCCAAAGACAAGAGCUCUGCUAGUGAUGCCACGGCUGAAGAAGCCUGGACAUGCGCGUGCCGCACAGUCCUGGGCGUACUGAAACGAAUCCUGGUCAUGGAGAGUGAAGCGGAUAGAGGCGCCAUGGGAGCGUAACCUUUGUAUUGUACAUGCAAUGAGUGUAUGAGAU